CUGGCAAUGGUCGGGAGUCGGAGGCCUCGCUGAGCUGUAGAGGUUGGAGACUCCAAGCCCUGUGGGGCACAGAGGCAGACACACUCGGUCUGUUCCCAGGACCAUGCUCUGGGUGUUUGGCAUUCUCUGGAUAACACAAUUGGCUCAUUCGGAAGUGCCACUGUGCCACCCCCAUGAAUACGAGGUACCGGUUGACUGCUGUCGCAGGUGCUUUGGAGGGAACACAGUGGCCAGACGUUGUGCACUAAAAGUCACCACGACUUGCAUCCCUUGUAUGAGAGACAAGUACACGGAGCAUCCCAAUGGCCUAACAGAGUGCCAGAGAUGUGAAUUGUGCGACACAGGAGCCAGGCUGCCGACAAAUGAGAAAUGCACGUAUAUGAAGGAGACUUUGUGCGGCUGCGCCCCGGGGCAUUUCUGCAGUUACACCACAGACUGGAACACCACAGACUGGAACUGUGAAAUGUGUACUCGCUCCACUGUCUGCCCCCCUGGCUCUAGGCUGAAAGUACCUGGCACCGAGUUCAGUGACAACCAGUGUGAAGUUUGCCCCGAUGGAACCUUCUCAGCAUCCAAUAUGUCCCGGGCCUGCCAGCCAUGGACCAAGUGCGAAGAGCAAAGGAUGACAGAAGCGAAGGCCGGGACACGUAUUUCUGAUGCCGUUUGUCAGCAAAGCAGCCUGUCCGGCGCUGUGAUAGCUGUGAUAAUUAUCCUUCUAGUCUUACUUGCGGCUUCAGGGGCUGGAGGCUACUUUUUAUGGCCGAAAGUGAAGAGGAAAUAUAAUGUAACAUGUAAACAGGGGACAGAGGACGAGCAAAAACAGGCUGAGCCUUUGAAAGCCAAUGGAACUGAUAUAUUUUGUGUUCAGGAAAUGGUUACAGUAAAUUCAAAAUCAUCUGCUUGAAGCAUCUGAACAAACAAAGAUGAGAGCCAUUACAAGUGGGAGAAGAAAGCCAGGAAAGCCAUUCAUCAGCCCUGCCAGUGGGAGAGGGUAACCAGAGAGAAUCCUGACUAGAGAGCUACGAGAAAUGGGCACCAGCCAUGGUCUCUUCUGUAGGAUCAGAGCUACUCUAGAGAAACCUGAGUGAUGAAUGACAGAGACUUGCCCACAGUAAGUGGCUGGAGGCCUCUAAAAUCCAGUGAAGAAGGAUUUUCAGUGAACAUCAUCAUCACCUUAGUCUCCGUGGCUACUUCUUGUUAGGCUGAGGCCUUCCUCAGGCACAUACUGCUGGGUGUAAUUGUCGCAAGAAUCACAGGUCCGAUAAUGAAUACCCAAGGGGGGAAGGACAGAACCAGGUGGACA